CAAUCCGGAAGCGUGGCGCAGUUUUGAACGUGGACGACGGGUGGAGUAGCAGUAACCUCUUAGAUCUGCGAGGUGAUCAGUCUGCGUUCUAUGUUGAAGAUGUGGCGUGUAAAAAAAUUGUCGCCUUCUCCCCAACCGGGAAAACCAGCUAUGAGAACUCCUCUCCAAGAACUUAACCUGCAGCGCGGUGCCCUCACCGGCUCUGGAAAAAAGCCUCAGACAGGCUACUCGCUGACCCCAUCGCUGUGCAAACUGGGGCUGCAGGACCAGCAACCCUGCAAGUGGCAGAAGGAGGACAACAAUAACUCAUCUUUGGUGGAUUUUGAAAAUGCUAAGAUGACAGACUCCUCCCCAUCAGAACAGUUCAUCCAUCCUUCAGAGUGGCUAGAAACUUGUCAACGUGAAUCAGAUGAGCAGCCCCUACAACUGAUUCCCCAAAACAACUCUACUCCUAAAACAUCUGAGGAAGCAGUAGAUCCACUGGACAACAAUAUGGUUAAAACCACAGUCUGCGUAUCCUCUCCAGGAGGGCAGCAGCAAGACAUUACACUUGAGGCCUAUUUGAAUACCAAGGCAGAGACAAACGGUUUCUCUCUAGGUGAACCUUUGAGACCAGGUGAGCUGCUGGGAAAGGAGGUGGAACCCUGCAUGGAAGACGCCUUUUCAGAAGUUGUUCCUGCUGUGCUUGAGAAACUUACAUUUCAGGAUCUUCCAUCCCAUCUCUUGGAGUACCCACCAAAUCCUUGUUCCGAGCAGCAGCUACAGUGCUCCAAGGAAAGCCUGACAGGCAGUAGAACUGAGGCUGUGCCUGAGGACUUGGUGUCUUCUGAUAGUAAUAAUGCCUUCUUGCCUUCUUCCAUGUUCUGUCUUCCCUCUUCAACUUCCUUAGCAGCAGAUUUCCCUGUCAGUCAUGUGGACUCAGGGGAGGAAAUUGAAAUAGUAGAGCACAGAGUUAUUGAGGAAAGAGAAAUGAGCUUUUCCACAUUCCCUGAGGAGGCUGAGUUGGGAGAUAAAGCAUUUGUCUCCAAUAUGGAAAAUAUUCCAUCCACAUGCCUGACCCCAAAUCCAGGAGAAAUGGAGUCCCAGGCAGCUCCAGGCCCAGCAGUAGAAGAUGCUGGUAGGAUUCUCAUCUCUGAUGCAGAGCCUUGGAUGUCCCCACUGGCCUGGCUGGAAAGAGGUUUAAAUACCUCAGUCAUGUUGGAAAAUCUCCGCCAGAGCUUAUCCCUUCCCUCUGCGCUUCGGGAUGCUGCAAGUGGCACUACUCCUUUCCCUACUUGCUCGGUGGGGACUUGGUUUACUCCCCCAGCACCACCACAGGAAAAGAGUACAAACACAUCCCAGACAGGCCCAGUGGGCAGCAAGGACAGUACUUCCGAGGGAGACCAUCUCCUGUGGGGCCAUCCUCCAGAUCUGACUGCCUUAUCUCGACAUGACCUAGAAGAUACCCUGAUGAACUCUCUUGUCAUUCUGGAGGGUCUCUCCCGCCAUCUGCGGAAUUGGAAGAGCCAGCUAACUACCCCUCACCCAGAAGUUCAGGACAGUAGCACACAGACUGACACAACUGACAUCUCUCUCAGUGGGGUAAGUAAGAAACCUCAGCAUCUUCGAAAGACCCAAGAGAUUGGACAGACUCUGCAGCAGACCAAGAAUGUUAUGCAAUCAUGGGUGCUGGUCUCCAAAGAGCUGGUAUCCUUGCUUCACCUAUCUCUGUUGUACUUAGAGGAAGAUAGAACUACUGUGAAUCAGGAGUCUCAGCGUGCAGAAACCUUGGUCUCCUGCUGUUUUGACAUGUUGAAGAAAUUGAGGGCAAGGCUCCAGAGCCUUAAAACAGAAAGGGAGGAGGCAAAGCACAGAGAGGAAAUGGCUCUCAGAAGCAAGGAUGCGGCAGAAACAGUGCUAGAGGCUUUCUGUGCACAUGCCAGUCAGCGCAUCAGCCAGCUGGAACAGGACCUGGCAUCCAUGGGAGACUUCAGAGGACUCUUGAAGGAAACCCAGACCCAACUGGUAGGUCUUCAUAUUAAUCAAGAAGAGUUGGCUCAGCAGGCAGUGAGUCUUACUUCAAUCUUGCAACAGGAUUGGACAUCCAUGCAACUGGAUUAUAUAACAUGGACAGCUUUGCUGAGCCGGUCUCGACAACUCACAGAAAAACUCACAGCCAAGAGCCGGCAGACCCUACAGGAACGUGAUGCUGCAAUUGAGGAAAAGCAGCAGGUUUCCAGGGAGCUGGAGCAAGUCUCUACCCAGUUACAGGACUGCAAAGGCCAAAUAGAACAAUUGGAGUUGGAAAACAAUCGCCUGGCAACAGAUCUCCAGGCUCAGCUGCAGAUUUUGGCCAGCAUGCAGAGUCAGCUAAAAGAGCUACAGAGUCAGCAUGCCCACUGUACCCAGGACCUGGCCACGAAGGAUGAGUUGCUCUGCCAGCUUACCCAGAGCAAUGAAGAGCAGGCUACUCAAUGGAAAAAGGAAGAGAUGGCACUAAAACACAUGCAAGCAGAGCUGCAGCAACAACAUGCUGUCCUGGCCAAGGAGGUGCAGGACCUGAAGGAGACCCUGGAGUUUGCAGACCAAGAGAAUCAGGUAGCUCACUUGGAGCUGGGCCAGGUUGAGUGUCAGUUGAAAACCACACUGGAAGUGCUCCGGGAGCGCAGCCUGCAGUGUGAGGAUCUCAAGGACACUGUAGAGAACCUGAAGGCUGAACUGGCUAGCACCAUAGCAGAGAACGAGGAGAAAGAACUGGAGAAGAGACACCAGUAUGCCCGGGAGCUCAGGGUGCUGACUAAGCAACUACAGAGCCUGACCCUCUUCCUACAGACAAAACUAAAGGAGAAGGCUGAGCCGGAGAUCCUCCUAAAAAGCACAGCCUGUGUUUCUGCCCAGGAACACUCUCCGCCCUCCAACAGCACCUUCUUGGGAAACAUCUUGACAGUAACAGCAGACAAAGAGUCAGAAUCAGUUCCUGUGUCCUUGCUUGGAAGUGACAAGAGUGCUUUCACCCGAGUUGCAUCAAUGGUUUCCUUUCAGCCUUCAGAGAUCCCAGGCAUGGAGAAGAGCCUGGAAGAAAUGAGUACUACGACUCUGGAGCUUCAGAGCCUAUGUUCCCUGCUGCAAGAGUCUAAAGAAGAAGCCGUCAGAGCUCUGCAGCAAAAGAUUUGUGAUCUGCAGGCUAGGCUGCAGGCCCAGGAAGAAGAGCAUCAGGAAGCCCAGAAGGCAAAGGAAGCAGACAUAGAGAAGCUGAACCAGGCCUUGUGCUUGCGCUACAAGAAUGAAAAGGAGCUCCAGGAAGUGAUACAGCAGCAGAACGAGAAGAUUCUAGAGCAGAUUGACAAGAGUGGCGAGCUCAUUAGUCUUAGAGAGGAGGUGACUCAGCUCACUCGCUCACUUCGGCGUGCGGAGACAGAGACGAAGGUGCUCCAAGAGACUCUGGCAGGCCAGCUGGACCCCAACUGUCAGCCCAUGGCCACUAACUGGAUCCAGGAGAAAGUGUGGCUCUCCCAGGAGGUAGACAAACUAAGAGUGAUGUUCCUGGAGAUGAAAAAUGAGAAGGCAAAACUCAUGGUCAAGUUCCAAAGCCAUAGAAACAUCCUGGAAGAGAAUCUUCGGCGCUCUGACAAGGAGUUAAAGAAACUAGAUGAUAUUGUUCAGCAUAUUUAUGAGACUCUGCUGUCCAUCCCAGAGGUUGUGAGGGGUUGCAAGGAGCUGCAGGGACUACUGGAAUUUCUGAGCUAAGAAACUAAAAGCUGGAUCUGUUUUACCCCUCUUUACCUGCAAAAUUUUCUUACCCCAACACCAGGACCAAUUGGCAUAGAGCCAGCUAGGUUUAAUGCUAUUUAAAUAAAGUAUAUUUAAUGU